AUGGAGAACCAGGUUCGAAAUGAAUCAGUGGAUCACAAUCGAUUUAAUUUAACAAUUAGAAUUUGGAUUGCUUUUAUAGUGGUACUUAUGUCAAUACUUGCAUAUGUCCUAAAGAGAAGACUUGCACGUGGUAAUACAGUUCUUAUCGUAGGAUUAUGCGAUUCCGGGAAAACCAUGCUAUUUUCGAAGCUAAUUAAUCCAAAAUACAGUCCGGAAACUUAUACGUCUUUAAAAGAAAAUCGUUGUGAAGGCGUUUCGGUAACAAGUGGUAAAUUGGUUACUUUAGUUGAUUUUCCUGGAUCUGAAAGACUUCGAAAGCAGCUUUUUGAGAAUUAUUUACAGAAAAAUCGAAGUAGCUUGAAAGGUAUUAUUUUUGUUAUCGAUAGUUCAACGUUCAGCAAGAGAUCCCGCGACGUUGCUGCAUAUCUUUAUGAUGUUCUGUAUGAGUCGGAAAAGAAACUUCCGAUACUUGUGGCAUGCAACAAGCAGAACUGUCCUUUGGCUAAAAGUUCACAGGCCGUUCGAACGGCACUGGAGCGGGAAUUUGGUUAUAUCAAUGGAACACGUGAAGCAGCUUUAGCGUCAAUUGAUGAGACAACAAAAAAGAGAACUUUAACUAAUACAGGCAUGUUUUGGAUUUCUGACUUAUUAUACAAAAUUUGGUGUUUUUAUAAAAAUCGAAAACCAGAUGGUAAAAGUUUUCGUUGGGAUGAUUUAUCAUCGCUGCGCUUGGAUUUUAUUGAGUGUUUUGUAAAGGAGGAGACUGAAAAUAAUGAUAAAUACUGUGAGAUUGGAGCAAUACAAACAUGGAUUGCUGGUUUAUGA